AUGAAGAUCGCAAUGUUCGGAGCCACCGGUAGAACCGGGCGGGUCACGCUGGGGCGUGCGCUGGAGCAGGAGUGCCGCCUCCCAGAGCGUCCCCUCACAGUUGCGGCCCUUGGCCUGAGCCCGCCCCUUUCCCCUCACGGUUCCGCCAUUUCCCUGCCCCCUUUCCCAUCACGGUUCCAGCCGGUUUGGGGAGAGGAGCAGGGCAACCGGAGAUGGAAGAGGCGGGAUGAAGGCGGAGAGGAGCUGAGCAUGGAGAGCAGGGAGGAGAAAUGCCCGCGGCAGGAGCUGGUGGAAGAGGCCGUUUUGAGCGGCUCCACGGCGCAGGAAGGCAACGGGGAGGAAAAGGCGCGGAGAUGUCGCACGAGGAGGGGCUGCAAAGGCAGCUGGCGGGGAUGUGAGGGGGAAAGAGGCGGCGUGGGCCGGGAAGGCGGCCGGAGAUGGAGCCAGAGCUCGGAGCUGGUGCUCCGUGAGCAGCUCCGUGAUGGGGAGAAGCCCCACACGUGCGGGGAGUGUGGGAAGAGCUUCAGAUGGAACAGCGAACUGAUCAAGCACCAGAGGAUUCACACUGGGGAGAGGCCCUACGAGUGUGGGGAGUGUGGGAAGAGCUUCAGCAUCAGCUCCCACCUGAUCAGGCACCAAAGGAUCCACACUGGGGAGAGGCCCUACAAGUGUUCCAAGUGUGGGAAGGCGUUUCAGAGCAGGUCCCAUCUCAUCGAGCACUAUCAGACUCACACAGAGGAGAGGCCCUUCCAAUGCCCUGAGUGUGGGAAGGGAUACAAGAAGAACUCCACCCUCAUCAUUCACCGGCGCAUCCACACAGGGGAGAGGCCCUACGAGUGUGAUAAAUGCAGGAAGAGGUUUCAGACCAGCUCUCAUCUCCUCCUGCACUAUCGGAUUCACUCAGAGGAGAGGCCGUUCUGCUGCCCCGACUGUGGGAAGGGAUUCAAGUACCACUCCAUCCUCGUCACCCACCGGCGCAUCCACACUGGGGAGAGGCCCUACGAGUGUCCCCAGUGUGGGAAGAGCUUCUCCAGGAGCUCUCACUUGACCCAACACCAGCGGAGGCACCGGUGAGGGAAGCCCUGCGAGUGCCCCGAGUGCGGGCAGAGCUUCGUGCGCUGCUCCAGCUCCAUCCCCCACCGGAGGAGGCACUUUGUGCACAGCCCUGG